CCUCUCGUCUUGUGCUCGGACAGAAUCAGCUGUGACCCCCGAAACCGCUCCUCCUGCAGCCACGAUGGUGGCCAAGGACUAUCCCUUCUACCUUUCCGUCAAGAGGGCGAAUUGUGCCCUGGAAGCGCAGACGGUGACCAGCCCAGCUAAAGAGACGGAGGAGCCCAGUAACAAACGGGUCAAGCCGCUUUCCAGAGUUACAUCACUAGCGAGUCUCAUUCCUCCCGUACGAGCCACUCCACUGAAGCGGUUCGGCCAGACACUUCAGCGCUCUAUCAGUUUCCGUAGUGACAGUCGUCCAGAUCUGUUCAGUCCACGACCAUGGUCUCGAAAUAUGCCGCCUGCUAACACAAAGCGGAGAGACAGCAAACUGUGGAGUGAGACCUUUGAUGUUUGUGUCAAUCACAUGCUUACAUCUAAAGAAAUCAAGCGUCAAGAGGCUAUCUUUGAACUUUCCCAGGGAGAAGAAGACUUGAUAGAAGAUCUGAAGUUAGCAAAAAAGGCUUAUCAUGACCCAAUGCUUAAACUUUCCAUAAUGACAGAGCAAGAGUUGAACCAAAUUUUUGGAACGCUGGACUCUCUAAUUCCUCUACAUGAAGAUCUUCGUAGACGACUUCAAGAAGUCAGGAAACCUGAUGGAUCAACCGAACAUGUUGGCCAUAUCCUUGUGGGUUGGCUUCCAUGCCUAAACUCCUAUGAUAGCUACUGCAGCAAUCAAGUAGCAGCCAAAGCUUUAUUGGAUCACAAGAAACAAGAUCAUAGAGUGCAAGAUUUCCUACAGCGCUGCUUAGAGUCUCCUUUUAGUCGCAAACUGGACCUUUGGAAUUUCCUUGACAUCCCAAGAAGCCGUUUGGUUAAAUACCCAUUACUUCUCAGAGAGAUUUUGAGACACACACCAAAUGAUCAUCCAGAUCAGCAGCACCUUGAAGAAGCUAUAAACAUAAUUCAGGGUAUAGUGGCUGAAAUCAACAUAAAGACUGGUGAAUCUGAAUGCCAGUAUUACAAAGAGAGACUUAUUUAUCUUGAAGAAGGCCAAAGGGAUUCAUUGAUUGAUAAUUCACGUGCUGUAUGUUGUCAUGGUGAACUGAAGAACAACAGGGGAGUGAAACUGCACGUCUUCCUCUUUGAAGAAGUGUUGGUGAUUACUCGAGCUAUCACCCAUAAUGAACAGCUCUGCUACCAGCUGUAUCGGCAGCCAAUUCCAGUGAGGGAGCUUGUGCUAGAAGACUUGCAAGAUGGAGAGGUGCGAUUGGGUGGAUCCAUACGUGGUGCAUUCAGCAACAAUGAGAGAAUCAAGAACUUCUUCAGAGUCAGCUUCAAAAAUGGAUCCCAAAGCCAGAGUCACUCACUCCAAGCCAAUGACUCCUUCAACAAACAACAGUGGCUUAACUGUAUCCGCCAGGCCAAAGAAAAAGUUACCUGUGCAGGCAAAGCUGGCAUGCUGAACUCGGAAGCACAUUUUCUUUUGUCACCAAAUGGAAGCAGAGUACCCCAAGGAGAAACCACGCUCGAGCAAAUGGACCAAUCAGACUGUGAGUCAGACUGUAGUAUGGACACCAGCGAGAUCAGCAUUGACUGUGAACGUAUGGAACAGACAAACUCUUGUGAAAACGAAAAGCAAAUAGAAACCAAUGUUUGACAAAAACUUACAGUUCAUGGAAGAAAAUCUGUCUCUUACCUGUACAGUAUUUGCAUUCCAUACAUGGAAACAUUUGGAGAAGCACUUUUAAAAUUUUUUUGUGACAAUGUCAAUGCAGUCUUUCUUGUAUUCGUACCUAUGAGUGUAGUACUGUAACUGCCGAUCUGUAUAAGCUGGAAUCUCUUGCAAUUCAUGUCCCGUGAUUAUAUUCCGUAAACGUCUAAGGUGGAUGAAAGAGGUACUUGACCAGUUAUUCUCAAUGUCCUGCUGUAAACAAAAUCUCUAAACUACUGUUUAUAUGUGCAUUACAUAAAGAAUCUUUUCAUAAUUUUUAAAGUAUUUUAUUGGCCCUUUCAUGGGGCAGCUGAAGAUGUGGACCUAAUAUGGAGUUUCAGGAUGGGGGAUCAAGAGCGUAAGUUUUCAUAAAGACACGGAAGGAAAAAAGUUUCUUGGAGAAAAAGAAAAACAUCUUGUAGUAACCUAUCUGAACUCUUGCAGUGUUAAAUCAACAAGAACUAUAAACAACGGGCCAUGUAACCAGGAACCCUUUGGGGAUUAAUUUUUCAAAAUGAAGCACUGUCCUAAGAUCUAGCAACCAAACUUAUUAAAAUCUCAUCAGUUUAAGUGGUGAGCAUAGUCCUAUGGUUUAUUUAGCUAAGCAUGUAAUGCUAAAAAUAAUCAACUGGGGAAAACCAAACCCAACCAAACCUCUACAGCCAGCACUGAAUUAAAUGAAAUGCUGAGAAUACUGGGUAUUUGUAAAUAAGCUUGUAGUUUGCUUUCAGUGCCACAUAUAUAUAUAUAUAAAAAAUCCCAAACAGGAUCUAAGAACGGAAAAAAA